CCCCUUCCGAGGAGUUUCCCAAAACCCCGCGCGGCAGUGCCCAGCCGCUCUAAGAUGGCGACUCCCAUGCAUCGGCUCAUAGCUCGGAGACAAGCUGAAGCAAAUAAACAACAUGUAAGAUGUCAGAAAUGCUUGGAAUUUGGACAUUGGACUUAUGAAUGCACCGGAAAAAGAAAAUACCUGCAUAGGCCUUCAAGAACAGCAGAACUAAAGAAAGCUUUAAAAGAAAAAGAAAACAGAUUAUUAUUAUUGCAACAAAGCAUCGGAGAAACUAAUGUAGAAAGGAAGACCAAGAAAAAAAGGUCUAAGAGUGUAACCAGUUCCAGCAGCAGUAGCAGCGACAGUUCAGCCAGUGAUUCUUCAUCGGAGAGUGAAGAAACGUCUACCUCAUCCUCCUCAGAGGACAGCGACACUGAUGAAAGCUCCUCCAGUUCCUCAUCUUCAUCCUCCUCCACAAGCUCUUCCUCGUCCUCUGAUUCAGACUCAGAUUCCAGCUCUUCCAGUAGCAGCACCAGCACAGAGAGCAGCUCUGAGGAUGAACCACCAAAGAAGAAGAAAAAGAAAUAGAACGCCAUCUCUCUUGUACUGCUGGACUCAAAAAAUUAAUGUGACUCUCGAAAGGGAUAUUUAGACUACAUUAAGGCCAUAUAGGGUAACCAGUCAAAAUUACUGGAGUUCAAAAGUUUCUAAAUGUUUUACAUCAGAAGAGCAUAAAGAGUAUUAAUAAUGGAUUAUAUAUAAGACUUUUUUUAUUUUAAGAGUAAAUCUUGUUUUUCUUUUUUAUCUUUAAUAUAUAUCUCUAAAACUUAAUCAAAGCUGAAUCCAGUAAAUCUGUUUUGGGGAUGAGACUUAUCUUUUCUCCCUGUGAGAUAAUUGCCAUCCUUUGUUAUAUGUUAGUGCUAUGUACCAGACAUAUUUUCAGGAUAAUGCAUCAGAAUAUCUGGCAGUGAAUUUCUAAUGCUUUUGGCUGUGUGUUAUUAUAUUAGAUUUAAUACAUUGUUACUAUAAAAUUAGGAGUGUUCCUCUUAAUAACUGUGCCCUAUUUUUAUGUUUAUGUUCAGAAAGUUAUUCUGACUUCUUGUCCUAAAUGAAAAGCUUUUGGAUGGUACAAAUGUCAAGUUAUUGUGUUAUAUCAUCCAUUUUCUUCUGGCUCUUAGAGUUACUCUCUCUUUUUUUUUUUUUUUUUAAGUUCGUGCUGGGCUCGAACUCACAACCCUGUGAUCAAGACUUGAGAUCAAGAGUCAAAUGCUUAACUGAAUGAACCACCCAGGUAUCCUGUAAAGUUACUCUUUUUCUGAGGAAAAUCAAUCAGAAGAACCUAAAAAGGAACCAAAAUUCUGAAACUACUUAGGAGCCUAAUCUUGGUGCCUUUUGAUAAAUUCUGUGUAUUAGAAAAGAGUCAUUUAAAAGCCUAAUUUAAGGAAAAGUGAUAUAAGUAUCUUCAUGUUGUUAUGCUAUAAAAGGUAGGAGAGGAAAAAAUAGGUACAAAGGUAAUUUUAACAGAGAAUUAGGGCAAUGUUGGUUGCCUUUUAUUAAGUUUUUCUAAGCUUUCAUAAGGAUUGCCUUUUACCAUUUUUGCAAUUGUGGUAUAAGUUUAUAUGGCAGCUGGUCAUAUAUGACAUUCUACUGCAUAAAUAUGAAUGACUUGGACUAAUCUGGUGUGUUUACAUAGCAUAUACACAGUUGAAGUGUAGCAUGAAAGAUUAAAAAGAAAUAUUGCACAAUGUUUCUUAAAAUACUCUGCUGUGGUGAAAUUAUUUUGUUUCACAUGACAUCAUUCUGUGAUGUCUUUUAAGCUCUUUGGAAAGAGGUAUCAUUUGUAGAAAAAUCUUGAUUCGGGCUAAAUAUGGGUUUUUAAAACUAUGAAUGUUGUCUUUUUAUAUUUUUAUGAGAAAGUAGUAGAAAAUUGUUUUUGAAAAAAAUGGGCUUCUAUUUAAAUGUUAAAAUAUGUGUAACAAAUGUUGUAAGUUUAAGGAGCCUGUAAUUCCUUGUAUGUUUUAUAAACCCUCUGCUUUCAGUGAUUGUAAAUAAACUCUCAAAACAUCAUUUCAGAGUCUCCAUACAGAAGACAUCAACUGACAUAGAUUUAAUAAAUAAUUAAACAUA